AUGGAACUAUAUAUUUCAGCCCAUUUUUAUCACCAAAAUGGAAUCUCAACCUCAACCACAACCGCCCAACAACAGGCCACCCACCCAAAAACCCGCCAAAGAACCUUCAUAAAAGAAACAUUUCUGCGAGAGAGUUGUGUGCGUGAACAGAGGAAGAAAGAAGAAAAUUACGAAGGAAAUACAAGAUGCCAGCCCAGCCAUAUCCUCACGUGCUCAUCGUCGGUGCAGGCCUAAGCGGUCUGACGCUGGCCCAGAUCCUGCGCAAGAACGACAUCUCCUACGAGAUCUUUGACCGGGACGCCUCAGCGACGGCGCGGGCCCAGGGCUGGGCGAUCGCGCUGCACGGCCCCGUGCUCAAGGACCUGCGGGCGUCGAUGCCCUCAGACAUUGGGCCCAUCGAGCAGACCAACCACCUCACGCCGCUCGACCACAUUCCCGCGCAGUUCAUGUUCUACCACUCGGGCAAGCCCGGCAUGCGCAUGGGCGUCAACGACGACGAGAGCGGCCAGAUCGUCCGGGCCAACCGCCAGCGGCUGCGCGACUGGCUGCGCAGCAAGAUCCCCGUGCAGUACGACAGACGCGUGAUGCGUGUCGAGGAGGAGGAGGGGGGCGACAAGGUCACUGUCUUUUUCGAGAACGGCCUCUCUGCCACUGGUGACAUUGUUAUUGGUGCUGAAGGCAGCCGGAGUAAUGUCCGCAAACAUAUCCUGCACGGCCAGGACAUCAUGAAGCCUCUUCCCAUCGGCUCCCUGGUGGGAGAGAUAGAGCUCACGGGUCGUGACUUUGAGCACCAGCUGGAACUCGGCCACUCGGCCUACAUUGUGCUGACCGAGCUCGACAACCAGUGCACCAUCUUUGCUGCGCUCAACAAGGUGUCGCCCGACGCCAAGACGGGCUACUUCUACUUUAUUCUGCACUGGGUUGACAAGGCCGCCGCCGAGAGCACCGAAGAGAAGCCCUACUGGACCGUCACCGCGAGCCGGGAGGAGCUGGCUGCCUUUGCGAGGGCGCAGGUCAAGAACGUCCCCGAACACCUGCGGGUGCUUGUCGACAGGGUUCCGGUCGAGCGGUACAGGAAGCCCGGGAUUGUCUUGCAGGGCGUCGAGCUGACGCCAGAGCUGCUGCCGGCUGGGAAAGUCAUGGUCAUUGGAGAUGCAGCGCACUCCAUGUCACCCUUCCGAGGCGAGGCUGGCGUGUGUGCCCUGACGGAUGGGCUCAGCCUGGGCCGGGCACUCACGCAAAUCAGAGACACCCAGGCCAAGGGUGCAGAUUAUGAGAAGAUCAUGGCCGAGUACCGCGAUGACAUGCUGAAGCGGGCCUCCAAGUCCAUAAGGGUGUCGAACCCUGUGCUGGAGAAACAAGCGACCGACGCCAACUAUAAGUUUGUCACCUGCGGCAAGGAAGUGGCCCCGUUGCCCAAGGAGACAAUCACCAUCACGCCAAUUCCUCAGUAAGGGAACCAGUCCUGGUCUGGUCAAGAUAGUCCUCUCUCUCCACCACAGAUAGGUCUAAGGAGGGAAUCAACGUAUAUAUUCCGAG